UCCUUCGUUAUCUGUUCUGUUUCAUUUCUGUGUCCGAUUCCGUGUCGAACGGUUGUACAUAUUUGAAUCAUAAAUUCUACGCGCCAUGUCACAAACUACUAUAAAAACUGCUCAAGUCGUAAUAUUUCUCCGUUAUUUUCAAAAAGCCUCAGUGUAGUUCAGUCCGAGUUUUUCUGAGUAUUUGUGCCACUGCUUUUUUGUUCAAAAAUGGAUUGCUGCAACUACGAAAAAACAGAGUUAUCCAGUAUAUCAAAAACAGUCAAUGAAAAACUACAGUGUGAAAAAAAAAUUGUAAAUGGAUUGGACGCAUCUAAUACCCUAGACAAAGAUGAACGAAAAAAAGAAACCCUCCACUACAUUGAAGAAUACACCUGGUUUACGGUGGCAUCAUUCGUUGUGAGGGGAGUUGAAGCUUUAGGAGCUAGUGCAUACUCUACGGCAGGAUAUGUUAUAAUAGUGAAUAUUUUCCCUGAGAAUGCUGGAACAGUAAGGGGUAUACUAGAGACAUUUGUGGGCCUUGGAAUGAGUGCUGGGCCAGGAAUCGGAGGUCUUUUAUAUGCGGUUGGAGGUUUUGGGUUACCUUUUUACGUGAUGGGAAUCAUAAUGAUAUGUAUAACGCCGUUGAAUAUGUGUUUAGUACCAAAGUGUGAAAAAAUUUCUGUCGAUAAAAAUUCGGGGUCAAUAACGAAUCUCCUGCAAUUACCGCCAGUUAUCACGACCUGUUUCAUAAUGGUCACCGCCUCCAUGACGUGGGGAUUUUUGGAUCCGACAUUGGAACCCCACCUAAGAAAG